AUGCACGCGAUCCAGCCAAAGACCAGCGCGGCGCAGAUGGGCGACGAGAUGAGCGGCGCGGACAGAACACCGAGGAGUGCGGCGGUGGCGGAGGCGGCGAGCGUUGCCUCAACCGGGAAGCUCAUAUACACAUUUAGACUCGGCGUGAAGCGCCGCCUCGACGGCGAGCUCGCGAGCGCGCGCGUCAACGACGACGACGCCAAAGAAGGCGACACCAUUAUGGUGGACGCUGCACAGAUGGCCGCUGCGGCGGCCGCCGGCACCGACCGCGGCACGAAGCGCCUGCUGCACGUCGCGCUCGCGGCGCGCGACGGCUCGCACAUCCCGGACAUCCAGAACAAGACGGCACUCGUCACCGAGGUGCGCCAAUUGAUCAAGAAGACACCAGGCGGCGAGGCGCAGCAGGCAAGCGCGAUCAGCGUGCCCAUCAUCGGCACGUCGCGCGCCAUCUGCGUCGCCUUCAGCGGCGAGAGCGAGGCACGCGCCUUCCUCGAGCAGUACACCGGCGGUGGCGUCCUACAGCUCCCAGCGCCAGACAACAUCACCAUCACCUUCGCCGCUCUCGACGCCACCGUGUGGGGCAAGCAGGCGGAGGCGCGCGAGACCCAGGCGACCACGGACUCAGACGGCCUCCUCGCCAUACGCACGCGCGGCGCCAUCGACACCGCGGCCCAGAUCGAGCACUUCGCCCCCCUCUUGGAGAAGCACUUCGGCAACAUGGUCUCCAUCCAGGAGGGAUACCACUCCUUCCUGGGCACGAAGUCGGACGAGAAGGACGGCUCGAUCCUCUUCAAGGUGAAGAACGAGAACCUCGUCUGCAACCUCCCGGUCCUGCCCAACGUCUACGCGAGCGGCGAUGUCGGCGGACCCCUCCGCCUCGAGGUCGGGUGCGUCAAGGUCCUCGGCAACAAACUCUGCCCCUCCUGCCGCGCAUUUGGGUUGACCAACGCCGACAUCAUCCACGACGCGCAGUGCGCCGCGCAGGCGCUCAAGGAGAGGCGCGCCGCAGCGGCGAACGUCGCCAAGAAGAAGACCUUCGAGAGCCUCAUCGUCGACAACAAGGUCGAG